AUGACAUCUCUUGAAAUUCCCAUGAACGAUGAAUCGACAUCCCAUACACAUUCCCAACAGAUUCUUUCAUCCACAGAGUCAACAACUCACAACCCGCAGUUGUCUUCUUCCUCCAGCCUCGUUGCUCCAGCGCAGCUACACAUCUCUCAAGCAACCUCGUGGACUCGCAUGGACUUGGCCAAUGAGGAAACUUCAGGGGCAGAGCAGGUCGAACUGGAAAAUUUGGAUAGUUUUGAAGUGAAGCAUAGGGAAAUUUCAACCGAACAGCUGCCACUCAGCCCACCACUCACUCGCGUACCUACCACUGACAGCACGAGCGCACGCAUCCUAACACCGCCACUGGAAAACGAGGAACAAGACCUGGAGGAGGUAGACAUUGUCAACCAUGAAUCAGCCAGGGUUGAUGGCUUGUCUUUACACGACCGUGAUAGCCUCGGUAUCGGUUCAGAGACAGAUAAGAAACCUCAGAGGCGAAUGAAUCGCAAACCAACGCAUCUAAACCUUGAAUUUAGGGAGCCUUCACCUCAGCCUUGGGAUAUCAUCGAUCCGGCCGCUCAUUUCCUCAGACAGGAGCAGCAUGGUGUCGCAGAUGCACAUGAAGAGCCAGCAUCCACAGACAAUGCCGAUGCCGAUGCCUUGGAUGGAAGUGAUGUAGCAAUCAAGGCCAUCUUACAGCAUAUUGCAGAUGGCGGCAGCCAGGACCCGCCGGCAGGCUACAGUGUCAAUGAUAACGGCUCACUUAUCACACAUAACGAGGCGGAGGUGUACGAGUCAGAAGUUGCAGGACAUGCUCAGGUUGCUGAAGCUUUGAACAUAGGCGAGGGAGGAGAGGAAAUCAAAGAGAUCCCUGGUUUCGGGAGAGGACAGCGCAGGCGCACCACGAACACCUUUACUAGUAGUACUAUCUUAGCGCCGGCGGUGUUGGCCUGCCAGCCACCACAACGACAAAUAAACAAACCCAUCCACCACACAUUGGAGUCAAACACUACAAUUGAUGAAGCUUUGCGCAUUUUGAAGAGAGUUCCGCUGGACCGCAGUACUCCUGCCUGGCCGAUGCAGUUGGGGCGGUAUGCCCAAAAAGUGAGACGGGUGCCACUUCUAGGCCCAGACUUUACAGUACAGGGACUGCAAUUCAACCUUUUUAAGAAUGAGGUUUAUGGGGAAUGGGAGGAGUUUGUUCAUCUGUCCAGAGUCGCCUAUUAUUACAAUAGGACAAGGAACACAUAUACUGGAUUGAACAUAAGAGAUUGCUCUCAGGAUCGCAUUGAUAAGUUCGAAGCUUGGAUCGAAGUAACACGAGGCCGAGUACAGGGAGAUCUCAUUUUGGUCGCUGAGCCAAUGAGGACUCAGAAUGUGGAUGGGGAUGUCUACCUUUAUUAUCUGGUGGCGCUGGAGGCACGCAUCAUCGGCUGGCUGGAACCCUUAGAUGGACUCGAACUUGAGGCCCAAUUUUGGAAGCAUGUAGAGUUUUUUCCCCGAGACUUCAAGUUGGAUCGCAUCCUUCUACGACAAUUGCGCACUGAACUUGAUUGGUUUCACGCAGAAAGUUCCACCUCAGCGACUAUAUUUUCCAACAGGGAGACAAUGGAGAAAAUCAUUAGCCGAUUAGCCAGUCUCGUUUUGGUUCGCGAACAUCUCAAGCAGAUCUAUGUUGACAGCCUGGUCAAUUACCUUGAUCUCAAAAACUUCAUUGAUGACUUUAACACCCAGAACAACGCACAAAUCACCUUAGCAGGGGUCAUCAUGGCAAUUGACACCGGGUUCCUUGCUGUGCAAGGUGUCGGUACUGGACUGAUUGCAGAGUCUAUUUUGAAGGGAUCUAUCAUUUUCUGUGUGGGCUGCCUGUUUGCAGGCAUGUUUGCACAACGCUUCAGCGAGAAAUUGAAAUCUUUGCAAUUUGCGGCCUAUUACCUGGAUCAGGGGAUGACAGUGGUUAUUGGGGUGCUCAGCGCACCCCGUUUUUUUUGUAUGAUGAGGCAAGUCAACUUUUGGGAGAAAAGCAUCACAUGGUCCAGCUUUGGGUUCCUUGCAAGUGCCUUCAUAGAUGCCCAGCACUCCAAACCUGCUCUCAUUACAUGUGCCUGCUGCCUAGCUGUUGUGAUAACCAUUUUAAGCCCCUUGGCUUGGUAUGGUUUACGUGCAGGGGUGACACCGUAUGUUCAUCUUGAAGAUGACUGA